AUUUUAUUGCUACCAUCAUGCGAUGCGGGAUCAGCAAAAAAAUAUCAAAAUGGCGACUGGAGGUGUGCUUUCCUGCUCCACUGGUAAUAUGUCAGCUAUUUCAUCAGAUUUAUAUCCUGACUGGUUGCACAGUGAAAUAAAAACUGGUACUACCAUCAUGGCUGUUGAAUACGAUGGUGGUGUUGUUAUCGGCGCUGAUUCAAGAACAACUAGAGGGUCAUACAUUGCAAAUCGAGUUACUGAUAAAUUGACAUUCAUUACAGACAGGAUAUUUUGCUGUCGCUCUGGUAGUGCGGCUGACACACAAGCUAUCGCUGAUGGUGUUAGAUAUGAAUUAGAUUUGCUAAGUGCGGAAACACAGAAACGACCUUUAGUCAAAGUUGCUGCUAAUAUUUUUCGCAAUACUUGCUAUGAGAAACGAGAUUCUGCAAGUGCUGGUAUUAUUGUAGCUGGAUGGGAUGAAAGACAUGGCGGCCAGGUUUAUUGCGUACCUAUUGGCGGUAUGUGUGUACGUCAGCCAUUUACAAUUGGAGGUUCUGGAAGUGCUUAUAUUUAUGGUUUUUGCGACUCUAAAUUCAAACGUGGAAUGACUAAAGAAGAGUGCAUGGAAUUUGUGUCAUCAGCUGUAUCACUAGCCAUUUUCCGAGAUGGUUCAUCAGGAGGUUGUAUUCGUUUAGCUGCUAUAGAUAAAGAUGGAGUUGACCGAAAAGUUUUACUGGGAAAUGAACUUCCAACAUUUUUUCAAGGAUAAAAUAAAUAUUUUGUUGAUAUAGUAAAUGUCAUUUUGAUAUUUUCUGUAAAAAUUGAGGAACAAAACAUAGAA